ACACACACACACACACACAUUGAGAGUGAGUGGAUGAUCGCACGAGCAGGAAGCUCUGACCAUACACAGAUAGAGAGAGAAAGAGCGACAGACAGUCAAAGAGAGACGAUCCAGCACUCAGACUUUCAGCUCAUAGAGGGAGAAGACAAACUACAGGGCUCUUUCUGCACUUCUGAAAAGCCGACGCUCCGCUGCUCGCUUUGCCCUCCGGGGACAUUUUUGUUUCUUUUUCAAAUAAAUUGGGAUAUUCUGCGUGACAUGUUGCCCUCAUUUCCACGAGAACCGCGGCUUUCCUCCGAGCGCUCUUUGAACGCGCAGCGCUCUGGCAGUUCCCUCAUAAAGGCUGUUGGUGUUCUUCAGAGGUAAUGACUGUGCGCUGAGAAACCAGGAUUGCUUGCACGUGUGGGAAACUUGUGAAGAAGCAUUUGGAGGCGGACGAGAGAAAACUCUUUAAGAAAACAUAAAAGGAAAGAGAGGAAAACAAGACGCAAACAAACUAAAAACCCUGGCCCAAAAUGGAUCUGCCUCCGUUUAGGGGUUUAUCCGAUGUACCCUGAUAUUGGUCGGCCUUGCAGAACUGCCACUACCCUGGUGGCCCUGACGGAAGAAUGGAUCCAGUCACAUCUUAUCGGUUGGACCCUGAAGGUUUGGAUCUUCAGCAGGUCCCUGUGUUGUCCAUUGACCAGAUCCGUGCUAUAAGGGCUAAUAAUGACUAUGUAGACCGCCCGGUGGCCCUGGAGCCUGCCACUCAGGUCGGGAUCUUCUAUGCACACGAGGAGCGACGUCCUCAGAUGUCUCGCAGUCAAAGUCAUCAACAUUCCCACUUGGCCCACUUGAGUCGCUCCAGCACUGUCAGCUCAAUGUCCCGUGGCAGUGCCACUUCUGAUCAGAGACUUCUUUCGGGACUAACGCCAUCCCAUUCCGGGCUAGCUUCCGUGGUGAGGUCCCAGCCUAAAGGUGACUUGAAACCUGACUCGCUAGGCAAAGGACUGUCCGAUGGUGAGGACUUAGGCCUGCAUCUCUUCAUCUGUGAACGCUGUGGGCAUUGCAAAUGCCAAGAGUGCUGUGCACCACGCAGUUUGCCCUCAUGCUGGACCUGUGGCCAGCGCUGCUUGUGCUCAGCUGAGAAUGUCUUGGAAUAUAGCACUUGCCUGUGCUGUGUGAAGGGUCUCUUUUACCACUGCUCGGCGGACAAAGAGGACAACUGCGCCGACCGCCCGUGCUCCUGCGCUCCGGCUCAUGCCUGCUCCCGUUGGAGCGCCAUGGCCUUUUUGGCUCUGUGCCUCCCGUGCCUGUGCUGCUACCCACCUGCCAAGCUGUGCCUCACCCUAUGCCAGCGUGGCUAUGACCGCGCCACCCGUCCCGGCUGCCGCUGCAGCAACACCAACACUGUGUGCCGCAAGAUCUCCGCCACCAACCAUGCACCCUUCCGUAAACACCUGGAGAAGCCUGUAUGACGGCCUGUACAAGCCUCACGUGUCGCUCCUUCGAGGAGACGCCUCUGAUGCUGGAGCAGCUGGGAAAUUCUGCUAAACGAAAUGACCUUCUCUUAACCAAUCAGGCCUCCCUGCAUCGUGACCAUGUAUCCGCCUGCCCCGUUUAGUCAUCUUUUGUCUAUUUAUUUAUUUAUUAGACUUUCAUGGAUAGGGUUGGGUAAUGCAGACCAUAUGUAACAGAUACAGGGAGUAAGCUAUCAGAAAAAAUGCAGAGGUUAAUAAAGGGUAAAAAGAGCAUGUAGGCUUCAAGGGCAUCAUCGUCCACAGACACCCUUAAAAGCGUGUCUUCUUCGGCCUUACUAAAUGGACAAACUGCAAGCAAGCUGGCUCACUAUACACGGAUACAAGCCGUUGGUUAUGGAGAAAUGAGCCUUACCAAAAAUUCUGACUAUGUUUGUUUCACCAAAAAUGGGACCAUUUAAAAUCAGAAUAUUAAGCUCACCUAAGAGGGAUGUGUUCGAAGAGAGGUGGUGAAAAGAGACACUGUGUGUGUGCAUGAGUGUGUGUAAGAAAAGAAGGUUGAAAAAUGUGUGUAUGUACGGGCAUGUGUGUACGUGUGUGCAGUCUCAGGCCGGGCAUCUGUUGUCAGCAGAAGCCUCUCUUUAUAUUUUUAGAGGAGCCGCUCUUAAAGAUAAAGUGUCUGGUCAGGUUUCCAGCCCAGGGCAGCCUGACGCCAACCUCUCCCAACCACUCUUACAUCCGCAACUCUCCUUUCCUCCGCUGUCCAUUGUGCUUACUGGCUGCAGAACAACGGCGAUAGGAUCCUUGACCUUUUCUGCAUCUAACUAUGCUGUGGGACCAAACAUCAUGGGACUAUGAGAAUACUCUCAGGAUGAGAAACAAGCCAUUACUCCCGACUUUUCUGGACAAACUGGCCAGGAUUGGAUCAGUGGAGAGUUUAGGUUAACAUCAGACCCAUUCUGAUUCCCAUUUUCUGCCAUACGUGGACCGUGAGCAUCUCCAAAAACAUUCUUCUCUGACUGGGCGCGGAUGCUCCACGGGAAGUGAGGUUAAUGGAGACUAUUGUGUCAUCAGACAGAAAGGAAGGAUUGUAUUGAGACAAGGGCUUAGACACCUGACCAGAUUGAGGCACAGUACCACACUUGGGAACAAGGUGAAAUAGAUGCACUGACAUCCAGUACUGGGAUGCAAGAUGAAUGAAAUCUGUUGCAAGUGUGUGUGUGUUCUUCCCCACUAAUGCACAUCCUUGUGAGUUCCUUUGCUAUAUUUUUGUAUGUACAUAGAAUUGUUAUUGUAUUUGUAUUUUUAUUCCAUUUGUUCUAAUCUGGUUAUUCUUACCAUUAUUUUAUAUUACUGUUGGACAUUAACCUUGUCAGAGGCCUGACUAAUUCUUACGACUAACCAUAAAAUUGAUUUCACGUUGUGGAGGAGAGGCUCCUCGGUAAUACUUGUUUUGCAUUGCAGAACCCUGCAAGAAUCUUAAUAUUUGGCUCCUUUGGUUGCUUUUUUCUAUCACUUAUCGUGAAUUGCUUUUGCCCUAUGAGCAAAAACAAUUCAUCACACAGCCAGAAAGAUAUUUUUGCACACAUGUAUGAGACAAAAGCUCUAAAGUUGCCAAUUCAUGUAAUGUUUAGGUGCAGUUUUAUACUACCUAGAGAAGAUUCUUUUGCUAGCAUGAGAGCAAGAAAACCACUAUCGACGUCUGUGCUUUAAAGGGUAUAAAAUAGGUGCCUCUCCUCCACAGUCACGUCCCAAAAGUAUGGCUUCUCUUAUAUGGAGGGGUCAUGAUGUGGGGAUGGGUUUUAAUGAGUAGGUACAUGCAAUUUACAGGAAUGCCUAACUGGUGCUGUCCGCAGUCUACGUUAACCACUAAAAGUUCACAAUGUUGUAUUAGUAAGUUUUGCUUUGGUACAAUUGGCAUCUUGUAAGUUGUAAAAGAAUUAAAGGAGAAUAUAUAAACAUAUAUAUAUAUAUAAAUAUAAAUCUAUACAAAUAAAUAUAUUAUAUAUAUAAAAAAAUAUAUUUACACUUUUUUUGUUGCUGACAUUAUCGUAAAGCCACAGAUAUUUAUUUAAAUGGUUGCAAGAAAAGCUAUGUAUUUAUUUCGAGGUGAAUGAUGAAAGGAAUGAAACGAAAAGACCCAUGUGAUGAUUUCAGCCUUUUUUCCAGAGUGAACUGGUGGGUGUGGCCAUGGGGCCAUUGAAAAUAAAUAAAUAAAAAACAUUUUCAAAUAGUCUGCUUGUACAAGACGUUUUUUACAUCUGUGAAAAUGCUCCAGUGCCGUAAGAAUUGUAAUUCACCUCUCAUAUGUUCGAGGAAAGUGAAAGCUUUAGUGUUUAACUAUGCAAGCCUUUAAAAGCACCUUUGAUAACUACAGCUGGAAAUAAACUCUCACAGCUCUA